AGAAAAUGGUGAACGGUCUAUUUUACCAAAAUAGAACAACUUGAUCUAGUUCGAUUAAUAUAUAUUUACGAAGGAAGUAUGGCUGACCACAACAUCGCUCCAGUUUUCCUCAAGUCUGAUUCAGUGUUAGGAGAAUUUCUCCUGACAGCACAUGAGCGCCUUGAAACAGCAAACCCUAAUCAUCACGAAAGCUACAUAUAUGAUAUGGUUAUGGCAUGGAUGCAGGAUGUGUGCAUAGAACAGGUUCUGGAAGGACUAGAGUCGGAAAAUAAUGCAUUGUUAGGAGUAGACUUCUGGGAAUCCUUAAAGAAUGGCACAGUGUGGUGGACUGCAGUGCCUGGUGGUUUAUAUGUGUAUUCUUAUGAUGGACAGCAUUUGGAUUAUGGAUCUGCUCGUCAACAUGAUGAUUUGAUUGUAUAUCAUCAACGUUAUGUUCAGUGUUUAGAAGAACAUUACACUUUGGUCACCACAGUGGAGGUGUCUGAUCCAUCACAGGACUGGAUCAGCCAGGAGAUGAUCAAACCUCACAUAAGGGUCAUCAAGGAAAUGUUAAAGUUCACUGAUGCUCAUAUUAGGAAUGCUUUGGAAAUUCUUCGUGACAGAGGUGACGAGGUGACAUUUGCCAGCCUAGUACAUAUUUUGGUUCAGAGGGAAGAUGCCGUGGUAAAUGUCUAUGUAGGAACAAGGCAGUAUGCUUUCUCAGCAGACGUUCAACUGGUCCUCCACGAAUGCUACGACAUCUAUGGAAGAGAGCCAACUCAAGAGGAGUUUGUUUUCCAAUGGAACCGCAUCAAAGGUACUGGCAUAGAGCAUCUGAUCAACCAACUGGCUGAAAAGGAUGAACAGGUGACCAAUAUAAGCCGUGACAAAGACCGUCUCCAGGAGAGGGCUCGUCUCCUUAACAACCAGGUUGCUAUGGAGCAGGCGCGAGCUGUACAGGAGAGGAAUAGGGCAGACCGUCAACAAAGGGAGAAACUAGAAGUUUUGAGGGAUGCAGACAUUGUCAUGGAGGCUAGAAACGAGGCACAAGAGUUGGCUAAUGCAGCCAUUGACGGGAUCAUACAAGAGCAGAACAAAGCUAAGGCACUCGAGGAGACAGUGAGGCAUGUUGAAACAGGAAGGCUGAGGUUAGAGAAGGAGAAGGAGGAAGUGAGGGUAAGGGCUGUUAAGUUAGAGAAGGAGAAAGAGACAAUAGAGAAGGAGAAAGAGACAAUAGAGAAGGAGAAAGAGACAAUAGAGAAGGAGAAAGAGACAAUAGAGAAGGAGAAGGAGGAAGAGAGGGUAAGGGCAGAGGAAGAGAGGGUAAGAGCUGUUAAGUUGGAGAAGGAGAAAGAACAGCUGAAGCAAUUUUUUGAAGAAGAAAAGAGAAAAAUGAUGGCUCAAUUUGAGGCAGAAAAACGACAACUCCUCUUACAAAUGCAGCAGGCAGCUGUGUAUGCAAGGUGAUUGUGGUGGUGUGUAUGUGAUCAUUGGUGUGUGAGAGUAUGACAGUGAGUGUGUACAGCGGAGAGUUAGAGUGCACCUAAGUAUGUCGGCCAUGCCUUUCUGACAGUGCGACAUGUACAGGGGAGAGAUAGAGAACAUCUCUGUUUAUUAUACCUUUACGUUUUUUUCUCUAUAUUAAAGUAAUGUGAUAAUUUGACUAACAGCCUCGAGAGGAUUGCGCAUGUGUUUCCAGGACUAUCACACCGUGUGACAGUUCGAAAAAACUGUCACACGGCAAACUGUCACGCCCCUGCUGUAACGUCGUCAGAACGUUUGAAAGACACAACGACAUGCAAGCGCUGAAUUGACACAGAUUGUUUGUUGUUACAGACGGUAGCCUAAGAUUUUGUUUUCUCUAGCUCUCACGAAACUGUCAAACAUGGAUCAACACACGUGUUUUCAAAAUGCCACAGACGUAGAGAUCGAGUCAUUAUUAACGGACAGAGAUAGCCAAAACACUAAAAGGGUCAUACAAACGUCUGUCAAGUUAAUGUAGGACUAUAUAGCAGAUUCUCAUACCAGCACAAAUAUCUAUAUAGAGAAAAAAAUGUAAAGGUAUAAUAAAACAGUUAUCAAAUGGAGUAAUUCGGGCAAUAGUAAUUUUGUCAGCCCCUCCUCAACAACGGUUGCCAUCGGGCUAAAUUACUAUCGCCCUCAUACCCAUUUGAUAACUGUAUAAUGUUGUCCAUGCCCUUCUGAUAGUGAGGUGUGUAGACAUAAAGUUGCCAUAAUUUCAUUAGGUAUGAUUGUAAUAUGAAUGGGAAAAGGUAUCUGUGAUUUUCAUCCUGGUGUUUUUAAACAAGAGAUUACAGCAAUACUAUCUAUGCAUUGUAUUUAUGUAGCCAUUGCUGUUCAUUGUUUAUUUACAUUACAUAUUUAUUCAUGUAGAGUUACUGUAUAUGUUACAUUAAUUAUGUUUAUCAAAUAUUCGUGUCCCAAACAAUGAAUUUACCUUGAAUUGAGGUUGUUUAUGUAACAGAGACACAAUGUUGUGUACAGAUGUUUUUGUUUUGCUUCGUGUAGCUCAUUACUGUAAUCAUUAGAACGUUUUGUUUCCAUGCUUUCGUAGCAGCUUUUACAUGUUGGAUUUGUGACUUUGACAUCAAACUUCAGUCAAACUUUCUUAUCUCAAACUAUGAUGACUCAAAAACUCUGUUUAACUCUUAAGUGAAAAUACAGUUUCAACUGUUAAAAUUCUAUUUUAUUAUGAUAUAUAUAAUAUAUGUUUUAUUAGCUUGAAUACUGGGGAUAUCUCAAAGUGUUUUCAUGACCAAGUUGUGUGUUAAGAUAACGAUAUAUAUAUAGUAACUUUUUCACUGUUUAGGCAACUGAUAUUUGUUUAUACAGGACAUUUUGUCCUAACAGUUAGCCUAAACACAUCUUGUUUUGUAUGUUAAUGUUAAUGGAUAUAAUUUUCUCCUCUGAUAGAGUAGUCUCCCUUCCAUAAAUAAAAUGGCAGCAAUAGUGUUUGGUAGUUAGGGGAGAUAACUGUGGCAUGUCUGCCAAAAUACCCAUAAUAUUUAUAGUUAUCAGUUUUUCACUGUAAAUUUUGUAACACAUGUUUCAUUUAUAUCAUUAUUUUGACAAGAAAUCAUGUAUUUGUCCUUAAAAAUUUUCAAAUUUUUAUGUUUCUCAUUCUCAAGUCGCUUUUGACCAAAUUUAAGAGUAAAGUAUUUUUUCAAACAAACAAUUAUUUUACUUGCAUUGAAUUGAGACAGUAUUUUUACAUAGAUGAUAUUGAAUGAUUUCUUGUUGAAUAUCACAUGUUUUUCACGAAUAUAGCAGAAUAUCAAUAUUUUUUACAAUGGCAGAUUGUUCUUGCGGUAUGGCAGCAGGGUACUCAAUGUGUUUUAAAGUACACAGGCAGCAUUAUCAUCUCUACUGUAUCAUACACAAUGACAUGACGCCUCUGUAAUAAUCUCUGUUAUAACUACAGUCUUUUGAUUUAAAAGUGCUACAUUACCUACUUCACUGAUUUUUUAUACAGAGUAAAGUGCUUUUAUAUUUUCAGUCAAAAAAUGACAUUUUUAAUAUUAAGAAAUGCAUAUAAUCAAACGAUAUUGAAUUAUUUCAGUAAACUAACAUUUUAUAAUGAAUAGGUUUUAGUCGUUGAUGUAAGAUUUUUAAAAGAUGUUUUAGCUGGUCUAAUUUUACAAUUUAGGAUUACCACAGUUUUAUAUAAAGUGCUAUAAUUAAUGGACUGUCUUGUAUGUGAAGGUCGACUGUCUGUGACAUGUAUAAAGCUUUCUCUGUUAUUUAUAUUUACAUUUUGUACUUAUUUCAGUACACAAUAUUCGUUUAUUAUAGACCUUUGUGGAGGUUGAUAUGCUGGCCUUUAACCUGAUGCAAUGAUUUAACAUGAUCUGUACCAGCAACUGUCUGUUAUCAUUUUUGUUGGAUCUGAUUUAUUAUAUUCCUACGCAUGACUUCCAUCAGUAGUUGUUGAGUGUUUUCUGAUAAUGAUUUAGGGUACGUUUGAUAUUGAUGUAUCAAUUAUUGUUUUUAGAUAUGUAUUAAGUAUAGUGAUGCAAUCAUGAUAAAACCAGAUGUUUAAAUUGUACUCUUUACAUUGUCAUGACCUUGGAUGGUCUUCAUAGACAGUAUUUGCUCUACGAUAAUUGAUUUAUUUUAAAAUGUACUUAUGAUACUAUGGAUGUCAUGGUAUCCUUGUGUGUUAUUGGUUCAAGCAAAAGUUACUUCAAAACAUUAAUUGUUUAUAUGUUGCAAAAUGUGUCACAUUCUCAACAGAGUUAUAGCCCUUGGUAUAAACUUUUGCUGAGGGAUUAUGUGUCAAAUUCUUAACACAUUCUGUCCUCAACAUUCACCAGUAGACGUGGGAUGAAGGUCAGACCAGGCUAAUAAUCUUGAUAUUGUUUACAAUAGAUCUUAACAUAUCUACAACUGUAAAUACUACAAUAAAAUGUAAAACUUAA